GUCAAGUAUGACGGGAAUAGCUGCCAGAUCUCAAUAGAUAUUUUAUGUAGAAUUUUUACUAUUUUAUUGAAUUAAUGAAUGCUCACAAACGAAAAAUAGACAUAUUAUACAACAACAGGGCACGAAAACAUGUUGAAAAUAAUAUUAAAACGCAAAUUACACAUGCAACUAUAUGUCAAAAACUGAAUGAGAAAAACAUAUCUAUAAAACAUUCUAUUGAACAUGUUAAUAAUCUAAAAGCGAAUCGAAAAAUGUAUUAUACCAAUAUGCAAUUACGCUUACAAUAUAAUAAAGUAAAAUCACUGAUUUAUGAUCAAAAAUUUUUUAACAUACAAAUUGAAAAAUUUCUAGACUUAUUAACUGAUGAAUUAUAUAAGCACAUCAGCCAUUCUUCUUAUGAUAAUGAAAGAAUAUGUAAUUUGAUAACUAAAAUCAUGACUAAAUCUGACAUUAUAAAACAAUUGAAGCAAUCCAAGGAUAAUACACUGUUAUUUACAAAUUUAAAAAUGAUUAUUAAUGAUGUUGAAUCUAAACAGGAAUCAAAUAGUCAAUUUCAAUAUAUAGAAAAAAAUAAUGAAAAUAAAAGCAAAGAAUAUGUAUGCUCGACUAUAAUGAUGACUGGGAGAAUAGGGACACCAUUCGUGUUACCAGAAUUAGCAUAUCUAGAAAAUUUUCCGCAAACUUUGCACCUGGGGCGAAAACACAACACUCUUUUUAUUCCUAUGAGUGUGCGACAAAUUUAUAGAUUCAACAAAAUUCAGGGAGCUUAUCAUAUCCCCGCAGACGCCAUUUACAGAAUGAACGCGAUUUUGUAUACUAGGAACCAAUCGGUUGUGAGAGUUAUCAGCGAUAUGUUCGUUCAAUUCAAAUACGAAUGGGGUGAAGAAAAUAAUUCUUCUCCUCGACCUCAAAUGUGUUUCUUGGAAUACGACAUUAAAUUAUAUAUUAGAUGCAUCUUACCGAAAAAUUACGGGGCUCAAAAACUUUCAGAUAAAUUUUAACGAACAUUCGACCAAAAUGAUUAAAAGAAAAGAAAUCUAUUCCAACUAAAUGCAAAAUAAUUAAUUUACACAUAAGUGGUAAAAGUAAUCCGAAUUGUCAGAGAAUUAACUCUAGCACGAGGAACAGUAGAUUGUAUACUUAAGAGAUUACGCAACAAUAAUACAAUAUCGAAUCCAAAGAGGCCUGGAAGACCCCGCAAAACGACUUUAAGCGAAGAUAGGUAUAUAGCAAGGAUCAGUAAACACAAUCGACGCCUUGUCGCCUCAGAGAUAGCUGCGGAGAUUAAUCUGACUCGUGAAAAUCCGAUAAGUGUCACAACUGUGAAAAGGCGCCUUAGGAGCUUUGAACUUUAUGGUAGGGUAGCGGUUAAAAAGCCACUCUUGAGCAAAUAAAUAAACUCAAGCAAUUAGACUGGGCACGAAAACAUUAAUUUUGGACAUCUGCCAACUAGUACGGCGUCUUAUGGAGUGAUGAGUCAAAAUUCGAAAUCUUCAGUUCUAAAAUCGGGGGAGGGUCUGUUAUGGUAUGGGGGUGCUUAAAUUAAAGGAAUCCUUAACAAGGUGAGAUACCGGCAAAUCCUUGAGGACUAUGUGAUUUCAUCAGGAAAGUGUUUGAUCGGGAAUAACUUUUUAUUUCAACAAGAUAAUGACCUAAAGCAUUCAUCCAGGCUAUGCAAAGAUUAUUUACAAAAUCUACAACACCACGGUAUUCUCGAGUUGAUGACUUGGCCAUCCCAGUCUCCCGAUCUCAAUCCAAUCGAACUUUUAUGGAAUCACCUUGAUCGACAAGCGCGAAAAAGCCCUCUAACCUCUCAUUUGCACCUUUGGGAAGUAUUACAGAGAGAAUGGAACAAUAUCACUUCCGAAUGUUUAAAAAAAUCUCAUCGAAAGAUUACCAAAAUUUUUUGCAGCAAUUAUUAAAAAUAUAGGUGGUCAUAUUGAUGAGACCAAAAUUUGUUCUUAAUUAAUUGCUAUG